AUGGAGCGAAGUAGAUUUCCGCGGAGGAAUCGAGUUGAUUAUAAAGCACUAAAUGUUCUUUCUACAGUGGAUUUAGAAGUUCAUUUGAAAGGAAGGAGAAAAUUUAAAAGCGGAUCUAAAGUUUAUUUUGUGGAGAGACUUAUCAGCCGGCGAAGAUUGAAGAACGAGGUAUGUGUAUUGACCCUUUUAUGUUCCUGCAGCUAUAUUUUACUUCGGAUGAAAUUUAUACUACAAUCGAAGUAAGUUCAUAAACAGCUCUAAUCAAUCUCUGACAAUUUCAGGACUUUGAAUACCUAGUAAAAUGGAAGGACUGGCCAUUGUGGACAAGCACGUGGGAGCCUUCGGCUCAUUUGAAUGAGCAUCUUAUCAGGUAUAUUUAGUUUGUUUUCGAUGGUGAUUUUAAGCUUAAAUGUGAGCUUCAUUAUAGAAGAUGGUUUGAUCGUCUUAACCGUAACACGUUUUCGAUUCCAAUCUUAUGUUUUGUUUUCUGCAUUAAAAACUUUCUAGGGCAUACAGCAACCCCACUGUUACCGUGGAAAGACUACAGAGCGCAUCAGUUGCAUUUCUGGAAGGCAUUCUUUCAAUCCUAAAA